GCACCGACAUACCAGCUAUGUCAUUAGGCAGGAGAAGUCCCUGCAUUCCCAGCGUAAAUGCUGGAUAGCACUGCAAGCCAAAGACAAACGGAGCAUACUGACAGCCAGAACAUUAUGUUUCUUAACAACUACUGAAGCUGUAAUCUAAAAACAACUGCAGGGAAACACACAAACCUUCCCACGGCAUGUUCGACAAGGCUUUUGUUUCAGAUUAGGCACCACAGAGCCUUUUUUUAAAACUGGGAGAGGACACUUUCUCUAAGAGACUUGAAAUCCUUAUCCAGGUAGGAAUAUAUACACCACACUUUGGAUUUUCAACUCUGUGGCAUUCUAUAUUCUCAAGUCAGGAAAAUAAAGUUUCCAGGGACUUACAAAAUGCAUAUCUUCCCAUGAAAGAGGUGAGAUGUGUAACAAGUAUAAAAGAGGCUGAGAAUUGUACUGGGUACUUUUAACAUAUUAAGGCUGUUUACAGAAUUUAAGAAGAAUUAUCUCAGGUCUUCUAGUAGUCCACAUCAGAAGAAUUAUGUUAGGACUUAAACUGCUUUGUGUUGGGAUUGUAGGCAGUCUGGGUCAAGGUUUCUUUGAGGGCACGCUGUACCCAGAGAUGUCAAAUGGAACUCUUCACCACUAUUUUGUUCCUGAUGGAUACUAUGAGGAAAAUGAUGACCCGGAACAAUGCCAGAUGCUUUUUAAAGUGACCGAUAACAGAAAAUGUGGUAUUGAGCCAGAUCGGGAUGCACUGCUGAAAGAAGAUUAUUUAAUAAUCAAACGACAAGUGGAAGAUGCAGAUCGAGUGCUAGAGGGUGUCGCAAAAAGUAUCUCUUAUGACCUGGAUGGGGAAGACAGCUACAUUAAAUAUCUAAGGAGGGAAACAACUCAGAUAAGAGAAGCUUUUUCCAAUUCUGACAAGUCAUUAUUAGAAUUAGAGGUGAAGUUCAAGCAAAGCCAAGACAGUGAAGUCAAAGAAGAAAACAAGCUCAAUGACGACUUUUUGGAUAUGAUGCUUCGGACAAGAGAAGUAUUUAAGGAAGCUAUAGAAAUUUCCAGUGGCUUAAAAGACAAACAUGAACUUCUUUCUGUAAUCAUCAGAAGCCAUGGAAUCAGGCUAAGCAGACUUAAAAAUGAGUAUUUAAUUGUAUAGAAUAUUAAGCAAUAGCAACGUUAUGUCUUUUUAUGCAUUAGAAAUUACAUCAGCUGCAUUUACUUUUGAAUUAAGAAAAAAUCAUCAGACAUUACUGAGGCAGAAAGUAAUCUGAACACACAUACUUUCAGUGCAAAAUGACUUUCUGGCAGUUGCUAAGGUACCUUUUGAUAAAUAUGUAUUCCAUCAAAUAAUUAUUAAAUUAGGAUAUUCCUCACUUUAACAAGAAUUUUAUUUCGUGCUCUUCUUUUUUGAAGUCAUAAACCUUCACUAUAUGCAGAUGUUUUCUAUAGUUUCAGUUUGAAGGCAUACCAUUUGUUAGCAUACAGCAGUUGUAGAACCUGCAUAUACAAUAAAUAACUACUUUUCAGACAGUGUAGCUUUAUCAGGGGCCACUUGGCUAGAUGUAUUUGCGCCUUUGAAAUGUUAUCUGAGUGUUUACAUUGCAUUAAUGCCCAGUUUCUGUUUCUUCUUCCAGUUAUGUGUCCUAUGCUAUUUUUCAUGAAAUUCGUUCUCUCUUAAAGGACCAAUGAGAAAGACUAUGGACAUGCUUCAAAGUACUGUUUAUAGUCAGUCCAGCUGCAGCCAUCCUUCUUUUCUUUAGUUUAGAACGUAAUGUCAGCUGUUUAGUAUUUAGUUCAUACACAAUGAAAACAUAACUCAUUCCCAGUUUUCCGUAUUUAUGAAUGAUAACGCCACUUUUACUUUUUAUGAAACAAAGUGCAACCCUCAGCUGGUGUUUUGAUUUAAUUUAUUUAUUAUUUUAGUCCACAAUGGACUUUUGUGUGUUUUUAUGAAGUAGCUUCCAUAAGCAUUAACUCUUAGAACAGUAAUUCACAGUAUCAUUAAUGAAUGAGUAGUACAUAUUAAACUGUUACAUUCUUAUAAAUACAUCCUAUAGUUAUUAUUUAUAUGACUCUCAUUUAAGUUUAAUGACAGACAAUGAAAAGAAAAUGUAUAGCCAUUUAUUUUUACAUUUUGUUCAGUGCUAUAUCAUUGAAACAACAGAUAUUGUACUGCAGGCAGACAAAGCAAUAUUUUAUAUAUACAUGAACAUGUAAUGGCAUUUUUCUGUGUAAAAGUAUUAUCAUAAAUUCAUAUUAAAAUCAUUUUUAAUUUUC